CUUUUCUACCCACCAUUUUGUUUGAAGAGGGUUUAGACUUUAGAGGGUUUUUGCUUUGCAGUUUGCUGUUGCACAGCGUGAAAAUGGAGUUCGAGAAGAGAAAAGCGGCGACGCUAGCGUCACUGGCAUCCUCAGACACCGACAAAUCACCGAAGGGCACGUUGGACACUCCCAUCCUCCCUCUCAUCAACACCCUCAACAACCACCCUUGCUACUUCACCACCAGCUCCUGCUCCGGCCGUAUCUCUAUCCUCUCCCAACCCAUACACCAAACCCAACCCAACAAAAAAUCCAAAGGCGGCUCCUGGCUCUUCGUCUCCCACGACCCGGCCGAUCCCGACUCGGUCAUCUCCCUCCUCUUCCCCGACUCACCAACUCGCUCCCAAUCCCAACCCGAACCCGAGUCCGAACUCGUCCUCCGCUUCGAACCGCUCAUCGUCGCCGUGGAGUGCAAAGACCUCGCCUCGGCUCAGUCGCUGGUCUCCACGGCGAGGUCGGCCGGGUUCAGAGAAUCCGGCAUAACCAACGCGAACAACAAGCGCGUGAUCGUCGCGAUCCGCUGCUCGAUUCGGCUGGAGGUUCCGUUGGGGACCACCGAGUCCGUCAUGGUCUCGCCGGAGUUCGUUAGGUACCUCGUCCGCGUGGCCAACGAGAAAAUGGAAGCUAACAGAAUCAGAACCCAAGGCUUUCUCCGCGCUCUGCAAAAUGCCGACGUGGCAGAACCGGAACCGGAGCCGGAGCCGGAAUCGGAAUCAGAAGCUCGCGGCGACGAUGAUGAUGAACAUUCCGGGGCAGAUUUGAGUGUGCUGCGUGUGGUUCCGAUAGUGGUUUCCGGUGAGGAGGCGGUGGAGAAGCUUUAUCUAUGGGGACACUCGGCGUGUAGUUUAGCUUCGGAGAAGAAAGUAUUGGUUUUUGGUGGAUUUGGAGGAGUGGGAAGGCAUUCGAGGAGGAAUGAGGCUUUGGUGCUUGAUCCAUAUUGUGGCACAUUGGAAGUGAUUGGCAGUGUUGAGCCUAAUCCGAGUCCGCGAUUAGGUCAUAGUUGUUGUUUGGUUGGAGAUUGCGCGUUUGUUAUCGGAGGCAGGGGGGAUCCUGUGAAUGUUCUUGGUGAUGUGUGGGUGCUCAAUAGAGCAAAGAGUGAAUGGAGAUUAGCAGAAUGUAGUGGUAGUGCUUUUCCUCCAAGGCAUAGGCAUGCAGCAGCUGCUGUAGGCUCAAAGAUAUAUGUAUUUGGUGGACUUGACAAUGACUCAAUCUCUUCAUCCUUUCAUAUCCUCGACACAGUUAACCUGCAAUGGGAAGAGUUAGAGGUUGGUGGGGAAUGGCCAUGUGCCCGUCAUUCUCACUCUAUGGUGGCAUAUGGGUGUAAGCUAUUUAUGUUUGGAGGAUACGAUGGUGACAAAGCACUUGGAGACUUGUAUAGUUUUGAUGUUCAGACAUGUCAAUGGAAGAAAGAAAAGACAGCAGGAAGAGGUCCACAUGCUAGGUUUUCCCACUCAAUGUUUGUGUACAAAGAUUAUCUUGGGGUUAUUGGCGGUUGUCCUGUCCGGCAACAUUGUCAAGAGUUAGCACUACUUGAUUUGCAGCUCCAAGUGUGGAAGCAUGUGACACUUGAUUCUGUUGGCAAAGAUUUGUUUGUACGAAGUACAGCUAAUGUCAUUGGUGAUGAUCUCGUUUUGAUUGGUGGUGGGGCAUCUUGUUAUGCAUUUGGAACAAAGUUUAGCGAGCCAAUGAAAAUCAACUUGUUACCUUUAAUGACUUCAAAUGAAAAUUUUAUGCCUUCUAAAAAUGGAGAUGUGCAUGGUACCCGCAGAAAUGAUGGGGUGACAGGGAAUAAGAACGAUAGCUUUCAACAUCCACGAAUUGAAAAUUUGCGAACUUUAAAAGAAAAUCUUGACUUAAAUUUCGAUAGUGAAUUACCUGGAAUGAAUGAAAGUCAGAUGAUUGCUUCGCAUUGGGUUCUACAACUUGAAAGGAAGUAUGCAAAAUUGGGGAAGGACAUACUGAAGAAGUUUGGGUGGUUAGAUCUUGAGAGGAAGGUUUAUUCUCGGGAGGACGGAAAACAUAUUUGUUUUCCUGUUACCAAAAAAUUUUGUGGUGUAUUUCAUGAAAGGCAGCAUCAUUUGUUUGAUGCACCUGAAUUAGAUAAUGACCAUCUAUUGAAACCAUUUACAGGAAAGGGGCUUUUGUUAAACGAGAUCUCAAGUUUGGAAGCUUUGAAUCUUUUAAAAGAGUGUGGUGCAACUAAGCUGGUAGAUGAGGUAGUUGAAGUCAAAAGAACUGCAAAGUCUCCCUUAAAAGUAAUGGGUGAAGCUGUGGCCUCGUUGAUAAAGAAUAGAGGCCUUUCAGAACAACUAUUAGAGGAACUACCCACAAGAUGGGAGCGACUUGGUGAUAUUGUUGUGCUUCCAGUCACAUCCUUCAAGGAUCCUGUAUGGGACUCAAUUGGGGCAGAGGUUUGGCCUGUUGUUGCCAAAUCACUUAAUACAAAUCGUCUUGCCCACCAGGGCAGAGUUGCACCAACAGGAACAAGGGACAGCACUUUGGAGAUUCUAGUUGGAGAUAAUGGUUGGGUUGAUCAUCGCGAAAAUGGAAUUCUCUAUUCUUUUAAUGCUACUAAGUGUAUGUUCUCCUGGGGAAAUCUUUCUGAGAAACUCCGUAUGGGCCAUCUAGAUUGUAAAGAUGAGGUUAUUGUGGAUUUGUUUGCUGGAAUUGGAUAUUUUGUGCUGCCAUUUCUUGUCAGGGCCAAUGCAAAACUAGUUUAUGCUUGCGAAUGGAAUCCCAAUGCCAUUGAGGCACUCCAACACAAUCUACAAGCCAAUUCAGUUAGUGAUCGUUGUAUCGUACUUGAAGGAGAUAACCGGAUUACAGCACCUAAAGGUGUUGCUGAUCGUGUCUGUCUUGGUCUCAUUCCAACAAGUGAGGGUAGCUGGGUCACUGCUGUAAGGGCAUUAAGGAGUGCGGGUGGGAUGUUACAUGUGCAUGGAAAUGUAAAGGACUCGGAGGAGGGUUUGUGGACAGAACAUGUUUUGAAAUCAAUAUCUGAAAUUGCUAGAUCUGAAGGUUAUUGCUGGGAAGUUUCAAUAGAACACGUGGAGAGAGUGAAGUGGUAUGCCCCGCACAUCCGCCAUCUUGUAACAGAUGUAAGAUGCAGACCAGCCCAAAGAUAGCACUUGAAAGUUGAAACCCAAUGUUUCCUUAAGGUAACAAAGUACACUCCUGCAUGUUAAGCAUUAUCUGGGGGGAUUGUGAAUUAUAUUACAUGCCAUUCCCCAAGCUGAUCUAUCUCCAUUGUUGUACCCAAUCUCAAAGGUAGCAGUAGCUCUCCCUCUCUUUUUUUGGUCAGAGGCAGUAGAAUUGAAAAUUUACAUAUCUGAGGGGUCCCAUUGACCCAGUAGGCAGAGUAGAUUGGCCCAAUUGAUAAAUCUGAGGAUAGGUUAUUUAUUGUUUCUAGAUGAAGAUGUGGAAUGCUUUGUAGAAGUUCUGUAUCAAAUUACUGAGAUUUUAUAAAAGAUGGAAGACUUUUGUGCAUUUUAGUAGCA